AUGGACGCCUCUCAAACCGCCGACCAUGGCUUCUGGGGAUACUUGAUCAACCCCGACAAGAGCGCAUCCCCGCGACUGGAACAACUAUGCUUGGGACUGGCCAAAGUAAUUCCCACUCUUGAGCCAGGACCAAAUGAAGAGCUCACUCCUCAGCGCCUCGCGGCCUUCUACCGCGCAGUCGACGGGAAUUAUGACUCGCUCUUCCUUCGCACCACUGAAGGAGGUCUCUCUUUCAUGUACCAGACCCUGGGGUGCUUUCACAGCCUCCAACCCACUUGCAGUCCUUUCGAGCAACCAAGAGUCCCCUGUCUAACGCCUACCGGCUUUGCCCGGUGGCAGACAAUCCAGAUACUGCUCUGUCCUGAGGAGAAUGUUGGUUUCAUGCAAAAGGCGGUGCAGAAAUGGAACGUCCCGAUGCCCAAUGGAGGAGUCUUUCCCAAAUAUAUCCCACAAAGCUCCUUUCCCGCCAAACCCGACGAGGAAAUGGAGAAAUGGCACAGGAUGGUCACCGGGCAGUUGAAUCAAAAGAGUUACAUGCAUCGGUUGAAGAAUUCACCUCAUCAGUCUCCUCAUAUCGAGCCGUCCGACCGUCGCGAUGGCUAUUUCUCAGGCGCUGCGCUCAGAAGACCUGCUAGAUACUCGAGGAGUAGUUCGCGAGACGAACUAGACCGCGGAGCUGCUUCACAUCACCGCCGAAGUAGUGUACCUGAUUUCCCGUCUCCACCACAUGAUAAGGGGGCACGUCCGGAUGUCAGGGCCAGUACCGGAGCACACAAAACGCGGAGUCAUUCUGCACAACGACCUCCUCACCCCCCUUCUCGUCAACGAUCCUACACGGCAUCUGGAAAUCCGUCUAGUCCGCCCGUCAAAAGCAGACACAAUGUUGACCCCAACGAUCCCACUGCUAGACGCUCGUCGGCACAUGCGACAUUCCACUAUCGCUCUCCAGCUCGUACACCUUCCACUGUUGACGAAGACACGGGCAGUGAAGCAAGCUCGGAAACUUCCCACGUCGGCCGACGUCAUCGCCGAUCAGACGAGGACCGAAAGACUCGACAAUCUUCGUUGUGGGUUCCUUCAUUUAUGCGGUCGCACAAGCGGCGUCAUUCUUCCGAUGCAAGUUACCGUGCAAAUGCUGCUAAAGAGUCCACUCAACGAUCAGAGUAUCGUCAACCGCAGGCCAUCAAUGCUCCCCCGCAAGCACCUUACCGUGGUGGUGCCCCUCCAUGGCGUGACCCAGACUGGGGCAGCGAUGCUGCAGUGGCCAGUCCACCCCAGGGGUAUGCACAGUUGGACCCCCGAGGUCCAGCUAUUCGUUACCCUGACCAAAGCUCAUUCGAGCCGUUGACUCGAGAGAGCAGUAGCGGGAGUGGAACCGAACAAAGACAUCGCUCGUCAGACUGGGAGAGAGGUGGUUCACAUAGACGGGGAGGCGCACCUCUCAGAGUCGGUACCCUCACGGGUGUGCAAGGGAGAAGAUAUCCCACUUCGGAUCCGAUGAGUCCAAUCGAUCGUCAGAGAAGUCAUGCUGCUCCUUCUCGAGGUGGUGUCACUGCCUUGGGGUAA